AUGAAGACACAAUUUGUUGGUGCAUUUUUAGCUGUAUGGGCAAAUAUUGCCUUGACUCAAGCUUUCUAUGGUCCCAGAGACGAUGUAACUGAAUUGACGCCACACAACUUUGGUCCUGCUAUUCUGGAUACAGAUCAACUAGUCGCAGUAGAGUUUUACGCUCCUUGGUGUGGCCACUGUCAACGACUAGCACCAGAGUGGAAGAAAGUGGCCACCAACCUCAAGGGUCUCGUCAAUGUGGGUGCUGUUGAUUGUGAUGUCGAGACCAACAAAGGCCUUUGUGCCAUGUACGAAAUUAAAGGGUUCCCUACUAUCAAAGUAUUCAGUCCUGAUUUAAGAAAAGAUAAGCGUACUGGCCAAAUGACCAAAGUGCCUACUGAUUACCAAGGACCACGAGAUGCCAAGUCAAUGGUUGAUUAUUUCCUGUCAUCCCAGCCAUCCAACGUUCAAUUUGUAAAGUGGAAUGAAAGGGAUGUCAAAUCCAAGAAGAGUAUCACUUUGGAAAACUUUUUACAGACAAAGAACGAGACACUUCCCAAGGCUCUUUUGUUUACCAAUAAGCCAACAACUACGCCUUUAUAUAAAGCAUUGUCUGUCGAUUUUAAAGAUCGCAUGUUGACUGGUGAGGUGAAGCAAUCAGAGAGAAACAUUGUCAGUGAAUACGGUGUUGAAUCCUUCCCCACACUUUUAAUCAUUUCCCCUGAACAUGGUACUGUCAGAUUUGAAGGUAAACUCAAUCGCGAAAACCUCAAGGCGUUUAUGGAAAAGUAUGCUCUACCAAGUGAUAAAAAGAGUCCUCCUUCUCCUCCGCCACAAAAGAAGGCAACUGAAAUACCCAAGAAGAAGGCCAAGCAAGUCAUUGCUUUUGACAACGACAAAGUCUUGGAGGAACAGUGUUUAAAACUCACCGGCAACUCGGUUUGUGUGAUUGCCAUUACUGGUGAUGAGGACAAGCAAGAUACCUUAGAAACGCUUAACGCGCUCAAAGACAAAGUGUCGCCAUCACAACAAAAUUUGAAUUUUGAAUAUGGCUGGAUUCAUGCAAAUCAAUCCAAAGAAAUUAUCAAUACCUUGCAAUUAUCAGAAGACUAUCCUUCCAUCUUCAUUGUACAUCCUAGCAAGAAUCUUUUUAGAAACUAUGUUGGUUCUUGGAGUGAGGAUAAUCUUGUCAAGUGGUUAAAUCAAAUUGGAUCGGGUCGCGUUCAAGCUUGGUCUUAUAAUGGUGCAUUGAAAUUAAGUGAGGCACCUCUCCAUGAAGAUAUUGUAGAGGAUAGUGAUUCCGAAGCUAUGGAAAAAUCUUCAGAGCCUGUUCAUGAUGAAUUGUAA